AUGAUUGUGCAUGAGGACAUGAAAGUGGCGUUUUCUGUGCGACGGUCGAUUGGGAGUUUCUUGGCGAGACCGACGCCGACGCCGACGCCGACGCCGGCUUUUGUCCGUGCCUCUGCCCAACUGGCUCGACCGGACUUGCCCGAUUCGCCUCGUCCGUCGCACAACAAGACAGCCUCUUUCUCACCUCGACUGUUGCACACGACGCACAACUGCACAAGUGCACAACCAAUCCGACAACCGUCGCCUCCACCCACGCGACCUCUUCCGAAGCCGGCUUGUCUGUCUCUGCUUGUGUCUGUGCUUGUGCUUGUGCUUGUGUUGGUGUCUAUGUCACGACGGCUGCCGCCGGUUCGACGUCGAGUUGAACCUCCACUCGACCUCGCGGCCGACGUCUCUCUCUUGCUUCCGGCCUCUCUGCUCCCAGACAGACGAGUCUUAACUCCCAUUUGUCUGUCUGUCUCAUGGCGUAGUCGUCUUGUCGACUGUGUCAACAGUCGUGCUGGCUUUUCUACAGCCUCCGCCCCGCCCCGCUUCUCUCAACGCCAGAUGACACCCGACGGCGGCCUCGGCUCGUCUGUGCGCUUGUUGGCAUGCCAACCACGAGCAGUCGGGCUCAGCUCGAGACAAACACCCUUUUUGCACUGGCAACACAUUCCAACUGACAAACACAAAAACCUACCAAUCCGCCAUCCGGCCAGCCGCCAGCCUCGGACACUAUCGGGACUCGAUCGGUGUCGGGGGCGGCGCUCGGCAAGCGACUGUCGUCAAGAGGCCGGCGUGCGGACGCGGGGCGUGGGUGCGCCGGCUCGACGGGUCGUCACUUGGCGGCGCUGGUGCCUCUGCUCCGAUCGAGUAAACACUCGCUUGUCUGGCCGCCCCCACCGUCCUCACCGUCCCUGGCACCAGCUCAAUCUGAUAAGCCGAUUGCAUAAUCUCACAUGUACAUUAUCAUGCACAAACAGGCCACAAACUCAACCACACACUCAACCAGCCAACCAAGUUUGCAGUCGCAAAUCCGUUUAUGACCCUUUGCGGGCGGCAGUCUUUUUUCUCCAUUUUUUGGCUCGACCUACCACGUGUGCGUGCGUGUGUGUGUGUGUGUGUGUGCAGCUACGACCGGUUUGUGGUUGUGUCGUCGCAAAGUGGGUCGGUUGUGUCAGAAAGCGCGAGGCUGCAUUCACAAGCUUUCCCGAUUUCAAUUUGUGCCAACCCGGCAGCGCAACACGCGUCAAAUGCGCUCUCAUUCCUCUUGCUUCCGCCUCUACCCGCCGACGCCGGAUCCAAUGGCAUUCUCGUGACCAACGUCGAGCUGCUGGCAGAGGACGACAUGGCCAAACCGGACCAGCCCACGCCACAAGAGACGGUAAGUUGUUCUUUUCUCGUUUCUCGUUUCGCUUUUCCCUUUUCGCUUUUUCCCCUUUUCCCCUUUUCCCAUUUGGCCCCUUCCCUCUUGAGCACACUUUUUGCCUCCAUCUCGCUCUUUACCGGCCCACUCUGCUUGUUCACUCGGCUCUCCUCUUUUCUCAUCUUUUCUCCUCUUCUCUCUUCCUCUUUCCUCUUCUUUCCUCUUCUCUCCUUCUCUCCUUUUGUCUCCUCUUCUAUCCUUUUCUGCUUUUCUCUCCUCUUUUCUCCUCUUCUCACUUCUUCUAUCGUCUUCUUUCCUCUUUUCUCCUCUUCUAUCCUUCCCUCUUUUCUCCUCUUCUCUCUUCUUCUCUCCUCUUCUCUUCUACUCUUCUACUCUUGUUCGUGCUCAGGCCGCGUCGGUCGUGGCUGGCCAGUUUCGGGCAACUUUGCUUCUCUCGCCGUUGCCGCCAAAACGUGUGUUCACUCGACAGUUGGGCACAAUUGGGCAUCACUUUUGCCCAUGCAUUGCUUUGCCCAAUUCACACUUUUCACUCGACUCAACCGAUUCCCUUUCUUCCCUUUCAGCCAAUUGACCAGCACAAGAAAGUGAGUCCACCCCCCUUGCCGGUCUGUUGUUGUCAACCGGAUUUUAUUAAACUGGGCGUCAAGAGUUUCUUCCGCGGCCUCGUGCGCAAAGUGAGUUUGCCAGUCUUUCCUCUCCGGCCCCACUUGGGCUGCCACCCCCCUCGACUCAUACUCUUUUUCCCCCCUCCACAGGAGACCGUGAAGCCGGAGAAGACGCCACCGGAACAGGUGCGUGGACAACCGUUGGUUGACAUGAUUGCAUUGUCACUUUUUCAUUUCUCAUCUUGUCACAUCUCCUCUCACCUCGAAACUGGCCACUUGUGGUUGUGGCCACACUUUUCCCACUCCCACACGUACCACCGGUUCUGCUUAUGUUUGCGCUAG